AAUUUUAAUACCGGAUACAAUCUUGCAAACCGAACACCUCCCAAGAGGAUUAUUUAUCAACGCUUGUUACGCCCAUACUUAUAUGGAAUCGAAUGAAUUUUGGAAUUCAAUUGGGUCACCCAAAUUAGGAAAUAAGGUAUGUCCACUUUAAUAAUAUUGUUUUAGAAUAUAAUUGAGUUAGCAGUUAUGAUUUUCUUAUUUGUGUUCGAAUUUUAUUCUAUAUUUGACGAGUUUUUGUUUUAAUUUAUUACUCGAGAUCUUUUAUUUACAUGCCUAUUAGAUAUAACUAUUGAAUGAUAUAGCUAGCCGUAUGCCCGUAUAGUAUAGGUAACAUUUUAAUAUAUGGUGUAGCAAUGAACCUUGCAAGAAAAUCGACAAAUAAAGGAAUUGAACUACUAUUUUUCAUAUUCUUUUAGUUUCCUUUUUUAUUAUAUCAAAAUGAAAUACUCCAUGUUAGCAUUGAAAACUAAUGUGAUUUUUUUAAAAUAUUUACAGACUAUUUUGGGUGCAGUUGGAGAUUGGUACUUUGAUCGAAGCAUUGUCAAAUUAAUCGAUACUAGUACUGAUUUUCCAAUGAAUUGUUUACCCCACAAGUCAUUUUAAUUUUCUUAAUGAUUAUAAGUAUCAGCCAUUAAAUGGAAAAACGUUCAGUUAAGUGACUCAAUAAUUAUUGUAGCAUCCGCCAAUUGUUUUUGGAGAAAUAGUUAAUGUGUUUAUGGUCUCUGUCACUCAUAAAUCAGGGAAUUUAGUUAAAUACUUAAAUCAUUUAGGAUUUGUAAAAUAAUUGUGUAAUUGAAUACAAACGUAACAUUACGUAUUGAAACCAGUACUGAAAAAAUAAAAACAAAAUAACUAGUACUAAAUGUAUUAAAUUGUUAUAGUACUACUAAUAAUAGUCUUUAUUAUUUUGACGUGCAAGUGGAUCCCAAAAUAAUUAUGCACUAUCAAACUUUCCAAAACAAAUAGUAGUAAUAAUUUAUUUGAUAAUAAAACACUGUAAUUUAAUUAGUAAAACAUUUUUUUCUGAACUGAAGUUAUGACGCUGAAGGAUAAAUGAAGACCAUUUAUUCCAUCCUUCACAUACAUGUAUAGCUAAAUGGGCUAACAAGAAAAUUUAUUUGAUUAUUCACUUAUAAAUAAAUAAAUACGUAGUGUACUUAAUAUGGAUUUUAAAAAAAAUUACUAGUAAUAAAGAGAAGCUUAAAUAAAUAAUACUAGUAGUACAAUUAAUCUUAUCGUUCACCUAUUUAUGGGGCUAAGUGGGCCAAUGAGGCAGCGCGAAGAUGGCCCAAUAUGGUUUAAAAUAAAUUUGAAAUUCAAAUUGGUCUGACUGCGGUGGGCCCAUGUUGUGAACAGCUCCAUAUCUCAGCAAAAAUGGCGUCCCGACCAAUUUCCAGUUUUGAAUCCCCAAAUACUCAAACGCUGCCACAUUUCACGCUCCCGAGCCCCCCACUACGCCAUGCCUAUAAUCAUUAGCUGGUGACUACUGAUACACUUAGCUUAAAUCGUAAUUAUUGCCAUCGAAUUCUGGAUCUGGACAUGCUGUAAAAGCAAUCCAACAUUCUGCCAGUAAUUGCGGCAGAUCUUCCCUUCACCGUUUGUUUCAAUGACGAGUGAAUGAAGAGAGAAUGGGGCUGAGCAGUAGCAAGCACAGUGCUGCAGGCCAAUUGCCUUCCUCCUCCUCGUCUGGUGCUGCCGUUCGGAGGAGUCGAUCCGGCCGAAGCAGAGUUUUGAAGUCGUCAUGUCUUGGAUCUCACUGCGAUAAUCGUGAUGCACCGCAGGUGUCUGGUGGCCUGGCUAAAGAUAAUGGAAAGACAGCCUUCUGUCCAAGUGAGAACAAAUUAGAUGCUUGUCCAGUUUCAGCUGAUUGUUACAGGACAGAUAAAGCUGAGGACAGUAAUGACCUGAAUUGUACAAAUUCUGGCGUUCAGCUCCAUGGGUGGGCUGACCCUAGUUUGACCGAUAAUACGUCUAGAGAAGGCAACAGUUCUAGGGUUCUUUCCUCUCGCUCACUUAAUCCUCCUAGCCGUUUCCUUUCUCGCCUCAGUAAUCCUGGAAACUUGAGCUUCCGUCUCACAAGAGGUAACAGUUUGGGCUCCAGUAGACCUUAUCCUGCACCUUCAAUGGGUCUUACAACUUCGAAUGACAAAGAGGAAGAAUGUGCUGAUCCCUCUAGUAGUUUUGUAAAUAGGAAUGAUAGGCCACAAGGCUGUGAUUUUUUUCCUGCUUGCUUCACCAGUAGGUCUCCUGGAAGACCAGACGAAAAUAUUGCGUCUAACUCAAAUCGGGAUUUUUCCAGAAGUUUUCAAGAUAGCCGACGGUUAAAUAAUGGUCUGAGAAAUAGAAAUAAUAAUACUGUAGAUUGCAAUCCGGAUUUAUUUUCACCUUUAGAUCAUGUACACACGGAUGAUGAUGGAACAAGGCAUGCUGCAAGACGGUCUGCUCGAGAACCUGCGGAACGAAAUGUUCGGUUUAGUAGAACAUUAAGUGUUGGCAGGCUUCGUGACAGAGUUCUUCGUAGAACUACUGCUUCUGAUUUGGAGUUAUAUAAUUUUCAGCAAGACAGGGAAGUGAGGCUUACUCAUCAGGAUACUGGUGCACAGGGUUUAGGUCAUGCAGAACUGGAUGCAACAUCUGAUGAAAAUAACUUCAGUCAUCAGAACAGUUCUGACAAUGUCCCAUCCAGUUUUCCCAACCCCUUUUAUGGUAGUCAAAAUAAUGUGUAUGGAACCCCACGAGCUGCUAGAGAGACCAGGUAUAGAGAUCUACUGGAGCAUAGAUCAAAUUUCAUGGAGCGAAGGCGAAGAAUAAGAUCACAGGUUCGUGCACUACAGAGACUUGGAAGCCGAUUUGAGAACCUGACUGCUCAGGAGAGGUCUUGCAUCCUAUCUGGUCAGCAUCAAGGAGGACAUUGUACUUGCCGCAUUGCUGCUCGAGAGGCUAAUUCAAAUGACGAUGCUAAUGCUAGGGCUAGCAUAUCAAGAAUUGUCAUGCUAGCAGAGGCUUUAUUUGAGGUUCUGGAUGAAAUUCACCAGCAAUCCGUUGUCUUGUCUCGGCCAUCUGUUUCUUCAAUUGGAUCUGUUCCAGCACCUGUUGAUGUGGUGGACUCCCUGCCCUUGAAAACAUUUAGUAAAUUCAAAAGGAAGUCGUGUGAAGAUACUGCACAGUGUUACAUUUGUCUUGUUGAGUACGAAGAUGGAGACAGCAUGCGUGUACUACCUUGUCAUCAUGAAUUUCAUAGAGCAUGCAUCGACAAAUGGCUCAAAGAAAUCCACAGGGUAUGCCCGCUUUGCAGACAUGACAUCUGCCGACCCGACUCGCUAACUACAGGGAGUUGUUGAUGGCAACAUCACCAUGUGUUUGCAAGACCAACUGAAAGUUGCUCCUUUUAGCUUGUGGAGAGAGGAGGAUCAAUUGGAUCCCUUCCUCUGCUUUUGUUUGUGUGUUGUUGCUCUGUUUUGGUAGGUUUGGGUUUACAGAGUUGAAAUUGUAAAUCCUUCCGCUUUGUAUUGAAAUAGCACUCUAUUGUAUCACAUAAUUUUUUAACUCCUACUAUAUGUUAACAGAUCAUCAAAUUCGUGUAUGUAAUUGCAUCAUUAGUUUAUUA